AUUAUGAUUUCGCAUAUGAGGAGCAUUUCUUUGUAUUUUCACUCAAAUCCCGACUCCUGUUCUUUACUUUGUAAAACCCAAGUUCUGGAGAGCAGAGUAAGAAGAUUGCAUGCAUAUACACACCCGAAGAGAUCUCCAGUCUCAAUUGUCAAUUUCAUGAUUGGUAAAUUCUGUCGUCGCAGCUGUUAAUCUUGAAUUCACCUUUCAAAUCCGCAUUGCGCAAGUUUUUUAAUGGUUUUCAGAUUUUGGAUAGUCUUGAAAACAAGCAAAAAAGUUGAAUUAAGCAAGCCCAUCUGAUGAUUGUUCCUGAAAUCUCUGGAAUUAGAGUGGUUUUGAUCAUUUGGUUGUAACGUUUGUUCUAACACUGAGUGUGAGUGGGGAAGAUUAUUCUUUCCAAGGACAAUAAGAAAUAGACGUAAUGGCCGAUGUGGCAGCUCUGAUAGAGGACUCCGGAUCCAGAUUUAGUGAUUUGGAGCUCAUUGGAAGAGGGUCCUUUGGCGAUGUUUACAAGGGGUUUGAUAAGGAGCUAAACAAGGAAGUUGCCAUAAAGGUCAUCGAUUUAGAAGAGUCAGAGGAUGAAAUUGAGGACAUCCAAACGGAAAUUGCAGUUCUUUCUCAAUGUCGAUCUCCAUAUAUCACUGAGUAUUAUGCUUCUAUUCUGCACCAGACUAAGCUAUGGAUAAUAAUGGAAUACAUGGCUGGUGGUUCUGUUGCUGAUCUGAUUCAACCGAACCAGCCACUGGAUGAAGUCUCUAUAUCUUGCAUCUUACGUGAUUUGCUUCAUGCAAUCGAAUAUCUGCACAGUGAAGGGAAAAUUCAUCGAGAUAUUAAAGCGGCAAACAUUUUGUUGACAGAAAAUGGUGAUGUUAAGGUUGCAGAUUUUGGAGUUUCUGCUCAAUUAACAAGGACAAUUUCAAGAAGAAAGACAUUUGUAGGAACACCAUUUUGGAUGGCUCCAGAAGUAAUUCAGAACUCUGAAGGAUACAAUGAGAAGGCUGAUAUUUGGUCUCUGGGUAUAACUGCAAUUGAGAUGGCAAAAGGAGAACCUCCACUUGCAGACCUCCAUCCCAUGAGAGUUCUCUUUAUUAUACCACGAGAGAAUCCACCACAGCUAGAUGAGCACUUUUCUCGUCCUAUGAAAGAAUUUGUAUCAUUGUGUUUGAAGAAGAAUCCUGCAGAGAGGCCAAGUGCAAAGGAACUUCUGAGGCAUCGUUUUAUCAGAAAUGCAAGGAAGAGUCCAAGGCUUUUGGAGAGAAUCAGAGAGCGCCCAAAGUUCAAAAUAGAUGAAGAAAGUCCUAAAAAUGGUCCAAUGCCUUUGGGGGAGGCUUCUGGUACUGUGAAGGUGACUAGAGAUUCUGGAGUUGAAGAUACCGUUCGAAUCAGUAGUCAGGCAACGGGUCUGAAAAAUGCUGGAUGGGACUUCAGCAUUGGUGGAUCAACUGGCACGCGAACCUCGCGGAAUGUAGUUAGACCACCUCAGGUUAGAGAUAGGAAGCCAGAGGUCCCUUCAAAUCAUUCAACCUCCAGAAAAAAUGUAGGGAUUGAUAAUCAAUGGUCUUCUGCUUCUGGAACUGUGCUUUAUAAUUCAUCAGAGGUCUCCAUGAGAAAAGAUGCUAACCAUGAAAUGAAGCAAAAAAACCAUCUUGAAGAUGAAGUAACCGGGACAGGAACUGUCGUCGUACGAUCUCCAAGAGGUCAGACGUCCUCUCUGUUCAGUAACCAAAGUUCCAUGUCUAGCAGCACAUUUACCUCUGUCGAAGAUGCUUCCAUCAGUGGCACUGUUGUUUACCGUGGACAGCAUGAUGAUUCAGAUUCUCCCCGAACCCCAAAGUCUAGAUUGGGAAUUCAAGAAAAGACUUCUAAUGUGUCUGUUGAAGACAGUUCUAUAAACCUCGCAGAGGCGAAGGCUGCAAUUCAAGCAGGAGCCAGAAAAGGAAAUGUUAAGGAAAGGUCUAUCUUGGGCAACGUCAAUAGAGAUGUGCAGGAAAGCAGAAGAAUGGAACAAUCAUCAACAAGCUCUGAAUUGUCAAGACAUUCUCGGGAUUAUUUUGAUGCACAAAAAGCACUUUCUGGAUCACGCCAAUCAAAUGAUGAAGACAAUGCAAGAACUGCUGCAGUAUCUUCAUCAGCUCCAUUAUCCCUGCUUCUUAUCCCAUCACUUAAAGAGAUGAUUGCUGAUGAUUCAAGAAGGUCAGUUUUCCAGACAGUGGCAAACUCUUUAAUCGAUAUGGAAUGUUCCAAGCCCGGGUCGUCUGAACUACUUGUCACUGGGUUGCUUCAGCGACUGGCAAGUUCAAACGAAACGUCAUUGAAGGACCUGCAGGAGCUCGCAUCCCGCAUCUUCGCGAAGGGCAAGAAUGAAACACCAACUUCAAAUGUGGAAACCGAUAGCAAGAAAAAGCAACAAAAUAAGGAGCUUCAUUCAAAUGCCAAUAUGAGCCCACUUGCUAGGUUCUUGCUCUCAAGAUGGCAAGGCCAAGUUUCCCGAGAUCUAAAUACCUGAACCGCGAGGUCUGAUAAAUAUUUUUGAGUUAUAAUUUAUGUUCUUGUUUUCAGAAUUUAAAAUGAAUUAAUGUAAAUAUCAUUUAAAGAAACUGUAACUUACAUUCCCCGUCAUUUUUGUUAUUUCUUGGUCACAUAGUUCAUCUCUGUUCUUUUCCUCCUCUGGUUCAGAAAGUUGGUGUACAUUUAACUUGCUAAUUUGAUUUGUCUAUGUGAGAAUUCAAUUUUAUUUUA